GUCCCUGCCCGGAAGUUGUUUUUGCACCACAGUGCUGCACAGCAUGCCAGAGAGGUUGAAUGAGUGUUCAGUGUAAGAGCAUUUCUGCAGGGAAAAGUGACUAUGGCAGGAGCUGUGCACCUCCUCAUGCUUUUAUGUCUGUGCUGUGGAUCUUUGCACCUCACCUCAUCCUCACCUGGUAAUGACACAACUACUGUGGCUUUAGAUGCUGCAUUCACUACAACUGAGAGCCUUUUAUCUACAGGGAAGACCAACUCCACUGACAGUAAGUCAACAACUGAACCUCCAACAACCACAACUACUGGACAUCUGAGUAAAGAUGCAGAUAAAGAGAAAAAGGUUCCCAGGAAAGAUGCAGAGGAUGUAAAGGAGGAGGAAGAAGAAGGUCCUCUGGAGUUAGAAUGUCCUCCUCUGGGUCUGGAGUCACUGAGGGUCAAAGACAACCAGCUGAAAGCAUCGUCUUAUCAACGCAGAGGUUUGGGCCCCCAUCGAGGUCGACUCAACAUCCAGUCCGGGAUAGAGGAUGGAGAUAUCUACGACGGAGCCUGGUGUGCUCAGAUCAGAGACACAAACCAGUGGCUGGAGGUGGACGCUCGGCGACUGACUCGCUUCACAGGCGUCAUCCUGCAGGGUCGAAACUCCAUCUGGAGUUGGGAUGUGGUGCACACCUACAAGGUGCAGUUCAGUAACGACUCUCUGGUUUGGAAGCCGAGUAUGAACGGGACAGAAGAGGCUGUAUUUGAAGGAAACCAGGAUGCAGAGACUCCUGUUCUCGCUCUUUUUAACACUUCCACCGUGGCCCGUUACAUCCGGAUCAACCCACAGACCUGGUACGAGAACGGCACCAUGGGUUCGAUCUGCCUGAGAGCCGAGGUGUUGGGCUGCACUGUUCCAGAUCCAAAUAAUAUCUACCCGUGGCAGACAGAGACGCCAGGAUCCAGAGAUAAACUGGACUUCAGACACCACAACUACAAGGAGAUGAAGAAGCUGAUGAAGUCGGUGCACGAGGCCUGUCCUAAUAUCACCCGUAUCUACAGCAUCGGGAAGAGUUACACGGGGCUGAAGCUCUACGUCAUGGAGAUCUCUGACAACCCUGGAAAACAUGAACUGGGAGAACCAGAGUUCCGGUAUGUUGCAGGGAUGCAUGGAAACGAGGUAGUGGGCCGAGAGCUUCUUCUGAAUCUGAUGCAGUACAUGUGUGAGGAGUACAAACGUGGUGACCAGCGUAUCGUUCGCCUCAUUAAAGACACUCGCAUCCACCUGCUGCCCUCCAUGAACCCUGACGGAUACGAGAUGGCCUUUAAGAAGGGCUCAGAGUUGGCAAGUUGGGCGCUGGGUCGUUGGAGCUAUGAAGGCAUCGACAUGAACCAUAACUUUGCGGACCUGAACUCAGUGAUGUGGACCGCCAUAGAGCUUGAAACGGACACAUCAAAACUCAUCAACCACUACUUUCCCAUCCCUGAGGAGUACACCUCUGAGGACGCUUUUGUAGCACCUGAAACUCGAGCCGUCAUUAACUGGAUGCAGAACAUCCCGUUUGUCCUGAGUGCUAACCUCCACGGUGGAGAGCUGGUGGUCACGUACCCGUUUGACAUGACCCGGGACUGGGCUCCUCAGGAGCACACGCCCACCUCUGAUGAGAGCUUCUUCCGCUGGUUGGCCACAGCCUACGCCAGCACCAAUCAGGCGAUGUCCAAUCCAGACCGGCGGCCGUGCCACAACAAGGAUUUCCAGAGAUACAACAACAUCAUCAACGGAGCCGACUGGCACAACGUACCAGGAAGCAUGAAUGACUUCAGCUACCUGCACACAAACUGUUUCGAGGUGACGGUGGAGCUGUCAUGUGAUAAGUUCCCUCACGCCAGCGAGCUUCCCGUGGAGUGGGAGAACAACAGAGAGUCUCUGCUGGUUUAUAUGGAGCAGGUGCAUCGUGGGAUAAAGGGUGUGGUUCGUGACAAAGACACAGAGGCUGGUAUACCGGACGCUGUCAUCAAAGUGGAGGACAUUGAUCAUCAUAUAAGAUCAGUUGCUGAUGGUGAUUAUUGGCGUUUGCUGAACCCCGGUGAAUACCGUGUGACAGCCAGCGCAGAGGGCUACCUCCCCUCCUCCCGCACCUGCCAGGUCAUGUACGACUUCUACCCCACAAUCUGCGACUUCCGCCUCACCAAGAUGCCCAAACAGAGGCUGAAAGAUCUUUUGGCGAAGGGGGGGAAACUUCCCAAAGACCUGCAGCUCAGACUACGACAGCUCCGCCUGCGUAAGCUCCGUGUGACCACCAAAGUCAUGAACCAGCGACGAGCUGCUGCUGCCAAACGGGCAAAGAAGGUCUGAUGGUGAUUAAAUAUGAGACCAAAGCAGGACUUGGUUCAGGGUUACCCAUCGUCACUGGAUUUAUCUCACUUUUAAAAUGCUGUUAUUUAUCAAGGACCAAACAGCAGAGCGUGUUGCUCUUCUUUACUCACACACCUGAGGAAUGAACUCGGAUCUUCUGCUGUGGAGCAGCAGAGCGACUGAGAGAACAGUUCCUCCCUGAAGGACACGAUGUAUCUGAAGUAAACUGUUGAAUGUAUUUAAAGACAAAAUAAGGUUUCUAGUAAAGUUUGAUUCUUACAAAUACAAUAAAAAGAAACUUUUAA